CUAUAUAAUAGAUUUCAUCUCUUUACCAACAAAGACGACAACAACAACAAAAUGGUUUCUUCUACCAUGUUUAUCCUGUUUCUAGCUCCGCUCCUCCUCUUUCCUGCUUCCGGCGUUUCCUCCGACCAAGUCGUAACGUAUUGGGGACAGAAUGGGGACGAGGAGGGAACACUGGCUAGCGCAUGCGCAACUGGAAAAUACGCACACAUCAACAUAGCUUUCCUCACCGAUUUCGGUUCCGGUAGAGUCCCCCGACUCAACCUCACCAGCCACUGCAGCAACCCCACAACCACAAACAGCACCUGCAACAUGAGCGAUGAUAUCCGCUUUUGCCAGAAACGUGGAAUUAAAGUCAUGCUCGCCAUUGGGGGGAGUUAUGCUCUAUCCUCAAGGGAUGACGCCAAAAACGUCUCCAUAUACCUGUGGAACAACUUUCUCGGCGGCCGAUCGGAAUCACGGCCACUUGGUAACGCCGUCCUGGACGGGAUACAAUUCAUGAUCCAGCAGCAGGACCUCCCAUACUAUGAUGACUUGGCUAAGUUUCUAUCAAAUUACAACAACACUUCUUCUUCUUCUUCUUCUAGUACUGGAAAGCUUUAUCUGGGUGCGGCACAUCCUUGUCCAACUCCGGGGGGCACAUCAAUGGGGCGUGCAAUUAAUACGGGAUUGUUUGAUUUUGUUUCCAUUCAAUCCUCCUACUAUUCCACUACCAAUAACCGCCAGUGCGACUAUAAUGGAAACAUAGGCGAGUUUGUGAAUUCGUGGGAGACAUGGACCACAAUGAUUCCCGCAGGAAAGAUAUAUCUGGGUCUGCCAGCAUCUCCCCAGGUGGCUCAAAGAGGCUUCAUUCCCGCCGAUGUCCUGAAGUCGGAGAUCCUGCCUGUGGUGACCAAGUCGGCCAGGUUCGGAGGAGUCAUGGUCUGGUCCAAGUUCUGGGAUGAUAAGACUGGCUAUACCGACCAAAUCAACAUCUAGCUAGCUAGCUAGCUGCUAACUGUGCAGUUUUCACAUAAUCUCAUCUUUUUUACAAGCACGCAAGUGAGUGAGUGAGUGCGAUUUCCCUAUCCGGGUUUCGUAUGAUUGAGGUGUGUUUUUUUUGCUGCUAAUGGAGUGCGAUUGAGUUGAGCGUGUCUGGAGUUCCUAAUUAUCAUUUGUGAUAAUUAAGUGAUUUGUUUCUUCUUUCUUGUAAGCUGUGUUUAUACAAAUAAUUUUGUUGUGGCAUAUAAUAUAGCAUAGCAUAGCAUAGCAUACCAAUCAAACAACCUAAUUCUUA